UAAUUUCAUUAUGGUCGUGGAGUGGUGACUUGAACAAAGUACUUUCAGUUUCAUAUUAUUCAAAAUCCAUUAUAAAGCUGCUUAACUUCUAAAUCUUUCAUCCCUGAAGAAAUCCCCACCUUACAACACUGGAACAGUGAAAUACUAGUCCAAGGAUCCAGUGAGAGACACAGAAGUGCUAGAAACUACUCCUCGUGAACUAAGAAGAAAAAGAACAGACAAGGGAAUACCCCGGCCAUGGAGUCAGAGAUUCAUAUGACAGGCCCAAUGUGCCUCAUUGAGAACACUAAUGGGCGACUGAUGACGAAUCCAGAAGCUCUGAAGAUCCUGUCUGCAAUUACGCAGCCUGUGGUGGUGGUGGCGAUUGUGGGCCUCUACCGCACAGGCAAAUCCUACCUGAUGAACAAGCUGGCUGGGAAGAAAAAGGGCUUCUCUCUGGGCUCCACGGUACAGUCUCACACUAAAGGAAUCUGGAUGUGGUGUGUGUCCCAUCCCAAGAAGCCUGACCACAUCCUAGUUCUGCUGGACACUGAGGGCCUGGGAGAUGUAGAGAAGGGUGACAACCAGAAUGACUCCUGGAUCUUUGCCCUGGCCAUCCUCCUGAGCAGCACCUUCGUGUACAAUAGCAUGGGAACCAUCAACCAGCAGGCCAUGGACCAACUGUACUAUGUGACAGAGCUCACAGAUCGAAUCCGAUCAAAAUCCUCACCUGAUGAGAAUGACUAUGAGGUUGAGGAUUCAGCUGACUUCGUGAGCUUCUUCCCAGACUUUGUGUGGACACUGAGAGAUUUCUCCCUGGACUUGGAAGCAAAUGGAGUACCUAUCACAGCAGAUGAGUACCUGGAGUACUCCCUGAAGCUGAAGCAAGGUACCAGUCAAAAAGAUAAAAAUUUUAAUCUGCCCCGACUCUGUAUCCGGAAGUUCUUCCCAAAGAAGAAAUGCUUUGUCUUUGAUCGGCCUGUUCACCGCAAAAAGCUUACACAGCUCGAGAAACUGCAUGAUGAACAGCUGGACCCCGAAUUUGUGCUACAAGUAGCAGACUUCUGUUCCUACAUCUUUACCAAUUCCAAAACUAAAACUCUUUCAGGAGGCAUCAAGGUCAACGGCCCUCGUCUAGAGAGCCUGGUGCUGACCUAUGUCAGUGCCAUCAGCAGCGGGGAUCUGCCCUGCAUGGAGAACGCAGUCCUGGCCUUGGCCCAGAUAGAGAACUCAGCUGCAGUGCAAAAGGCCAUUGCCCACUAUGACCAGCAGAUGGGCCAGAAGGUGCAGCUGCCCACGGAAACCCUCCAGGAGCUGCUGGACUUGCACAGGGACAGUGAGAGAGAGGCCAUCGAAGUCUUCAUCAGGAGUUCCUUCAAAGAUGUGGACCAUCUAUUUCAAAAGGAAUUAGCGGCACAGCUAGACAAAAAGCGGGAUGACUUUUGUGAACAGAAUCGGAAAGCAUCAUCAGAUCGUUGCUCAGCUUUACUUCAGGACAUUUUCAGUCCUCUAGAAGAAGAAGUGAAAGUGGGAAUUUAUUCUAAACCAGGGGGCUAUCGUCUCUUUAUUCAGCAGCUACAAGACCUGAAGAAAAAGUUCUACAAGGAACCAAACAAGGGAGUACAGGCUGAAGAGAUGCUGCAGAUGUACUUGAAAUCCAAGGAGUCUAUGACUGAUGCGAUUCUGCAGACAGACCAGACUCUCACAGCAAAGGAAAAGGAGAUUGAAGUGGAACGUGUGAAAGCUGAGUCUGCACAGGCUUCAGCAAAAAUGUUGGAGGAAAUGCAAAGAAAGAAUGAGCAAAUGAUGGAACAGAAGGAGAGGAGUUAUCAGGAACACGUGACGCAACUGACUGAGAAGAUGGAGAGGGACAGGGCCCAGUUGCUGCAAGAGCAAGAGAGGACCCUUGCCCUUAAACUUCAGGAACAAGAGCGACUACUAAAAGAGGGAUUUGAAAAUGAAAGCAGAAGAAUGCAGAAUGAGAUACGGAAUCUCCAGAAUGCAAUGAGACCAAGAAAGAGAUGUACCAUAAGCUAAACACCAGAGCCUUCCUGACACCCCUACCCAAGGCAUAAUUGAAACAAUUUUUGAAUUCGGAACAAGUAUCACUAUAUUUUACGAUAAUUAGAUCUUGCACCAUAACACCAAAAGUUUUCAAAAACAAUAUAUAAUUUGCAAAUGAUCAAAAUCAUGUUUUUU